AUGUCAUUCAGACCUUGCGGUUGUCGACAACCGAAACCUUCGUUCUUGUCCUGUUUGUCCAUACAGAACAAGACCAAAGCGUGCGCUGACGGCGAGGAACUGAUUUCGACUCGUCAGAUGGAAUCUUCCGAUCUCCAAGCUAUCCUGCAGGACAAAGGAACACGGAAACGAUAUUUACCGCUGGUUCAAAACGGGGUGGAAAUAACAUUGGAAUUUACGAAGGUCUGCGAGUAUUACCAUAAGAUGGGUUCUGAUGGACAAACGUGGCGAACUCCAGAAUUUCAGCCGACAAUGAAGACAAGAUCAAGUAAAUCUACCUCCACAAUCCAAGAGUCUCACAUGAAUUCCCCUGUUGUAAAAGCGGAACCUUCAACUCCAAAAGAGGUCUUAGUAUCUCGAAAAAGGCCAUCCACCGGUACCAGCUAUCAACCUGACAAUGAUGGUCAUCAGCACGUAGGGAACCGACCCCGCUUAUCCUCGCCCACUUCGAACUUUCAAGCUCGACUAGAUCGCCUUCAAAAAAAGGUCAAAGAUCUUGCUGACAGCGUCAAGGAAUGUGCUGAGCAAGCAGAAGAGCUCGAAGUCGCUAGAACUGUUCUCGAAGAGAAACUUGUCGACGAUGAGGAGAAAUCGUCCAAAUUAGCUACCAAACAAAUUCAACGGGAGCUACGUAAGGAGAUCAUCCCUAACAUCACCUCUCUGAAUGAACAAAUCGCGACUCUCAAGGGUGAUUUGAGCAACAGGCUGGAUCUUGGUCGUCAGGUCAAGGAGAUUCAGGAACAGCUUCAAAUACUCGAAGGUAGAAUCGCACACGAACAUGCACCCCCGGAGUUGUCCGCAAAGCAGAUGGAAGAAAUUUGUCAGUACAUUAAACAGAAGAUAUCUUCAUUGGCCAAUGAUAAAACCCUGAAUGUCAAGCAAUCCGCCACUCCAGCUGCUGGGAAAGUGUCCUUGGAUAUGGGUAAGGCUUGCGAGAUAAGAGGUGCACUUCAAAAUAUGCACAAGACUUUUGAUGAAAUGAUUCAGCAUGUCUUGCAAUCGGAGGAAGGAGGGCAUGGUGUCAACAACUGA